AUGAAGAGGAGGAGGGAGAUGAUGAAGAGGAGGAGGGAGAUGAAGAAGAGGAGGAGUGAGAUGAUGAAGAGGAGGAGUGAGAUGAAGAAGAGGAGGAGGGAGAUGAAGAAGAGGAGGAGUGAGAUGAAGAAGAGGAGGAGGGAGAUGAUGAAGAGGAGGAGGGAGAUGAAGAAGAUGAAGACUGCCACUGACCUCAGACACUGA